AUGGCAGACAUCUUGGGUCUGGGCCUGCCUCUGUCCAGCCUCUGCACUGUCCCCUGUAACACCAUGUUUGGAUCCCAGCACCAGAUGGAUGUGGCGCUUUUGGACAGACUGGUGCAGGAGGAUGUAAACUCAGGGAAGCUCCCUCUGCUGCUCAUCGCCAACGCAGGCUCCUCGGCUGCAGGACACACAGACAAACUGUCCCGACUGAAAGACCUGUGUGAGCAGCACCACAUGUGGCUCCACGUGGAGGGGGUGACAUCAGGGCGAGUGUACAUCAGGGUGAGUGUACAUCAGGGUGACAUCAGGGCGAGUGUACAUCAGGAUGACAUCAGGGGUGACAUCAGGGUGACAUCAGGGCGAGUGUACAUGAGGGUGACAUCAGGGAUGACAUCAGGGCGAGUGUACAUCAGGGUGAGUGUACAUCAGGGUGACAUCAGGGCGAGUGUACAUCAGGAUGACAUCAGGGGUGACAUCAGGGUGAGUGUACAUCAGGGUGACAUCAGGGGUGACAUCAGGGUGAGUGUACAUCAGGGUGACAUCAGGGGUGACAUCAGGGUGAGUGUACAUCAGGGUGACAUCAGGGUGUACAGGGUGACAUCAGGGAUGACAUCAGGGCGAGUGUACAUCAGGGUGAGUGUACAUCAGGGUGACAUCAGGGCGAGUGUACAUCAGGAUGACAUCAGGGGUGACAUCAGGGUGAGUGUACAUCAGGGUGACAUCAGGGGUGACAUCAGGGUGAGUGUACAUCAGGGUGACAUCAGGGUGAGUGUACAUCAGGGUGACAUCAGGGGUGACAUCAGGGUGAGUGUACAUCAGGGUGACAUCAGGGGUGACAUCAGGGUGAAUUUACAUCAGGGUGACAUCAGGGGUGACAUCAGGGCGAGUGUACAUCAGGAUGACAUCAGGGGUGACAUCAGGGUGAGUGUACAUCAGGGUGACAUCAGGGCGAGUGUACAUCAGGGUGACAUCAGGGGUGACAUCAGGGUGAGUGUACAUCAGGGUGACAUCAGGGUGAGUGUACAUCAGGGUGACGUCAGGGUGAGUGUACAUCAGGGUGACAUCAGGGUGAGUGUACAUCAGGGUGACAUCAGGGGUGACAUCAGGGCGAGUGUACAUCAGGGUGACAUCAGGGCGAGUGUACAUCAGGAUGACAUCAGGGGUGACAUCAGGGUGAGUGUACAUCAGGGUGACAUCAGGGUGAGUGUACAUCAGGGUGACAUCAGGGGUGACAUCAGGGUGAGUGUACAUCAGGGUGACAUCAGGGGUGACAUCAGGGUGAGUGUACAUCAGGGUGACAUCAGGGCGAGUGUACAUCAGGAUGACAUCAGGGGUGACAUCAGGGUGAGUGUACAUCAGGGGGACAUCAGGGUGAGUGUACAUCAGGGUGACAUCAGGGUGACAUCAGGGCGAGUGUACAUCAGGGGUGACAUCAGGGUGAGUGUACAUCAGGGUGACAUCAGGGUUGACAUCAGGGUGAUUUUACAUCAGGGUGACAUCAGGGGGGACAUCAGGGUGAGUGUACAUCAGGGUGACAUCAGGGUGACAUCAGGGCGAGUGUACAUCAGGGUGAGUGUACAUCAGGGUGACAUCAGGGGUGACAUCAGGGUGAGUGUACAUCAGGGUGACAUCAGGACCAUAACGAGCAUGUGUGUUAGGACCAUAACGAGCAUGUUUGUGUACAGGGUGAACCUGGCGACUCUGGCCCUGGGGAACCUGCGCUCUCCUGUCAUGUCCCUGUCAGCCGGCCUCAUGUCCAGCGGGCCCCUGGAGAAGCUGAGGGCCCUCCCCUUGUGGCUGUCCCUGCAGUGUUUGGGACACAGCGGCAUCGUGGAGAGGAUCCAGCAUUCCACAGCACUGAGUCAUCAGCUCCUGCAGGGACUCAAACCCAUGAAGUUCAUCAAAACAUCAGUGGAGGACGAACUGAGUUCCCCGGUGGUCCUCUUCCAGGUUGGCCCUGACAGAAGCUCGGAGUCCAGCCUAGGGUCAGGACAGAGCUUGUGUCCUGCAGAAAGACACGUCCAGGACACAUUCAACAGAUGGCUGGGGCUGGAGUUGGCUCGUCUCGUCCCGUCCUGUGGAGUGGAUGUGGUGGAGUUGGAUGAUGAAGGGAUCGUGAUUAUCGAGCACAAGUCGAUCAUCUGUCCUGGGUACAACGCAGUGCUGCAUGUGCACACGUGCAUCGAGGAGGUGGAGAUCACUGCCUUGGGCUGUCUUGUGGAUAAAAAGACUGGAGAGAAGAGCAGCACGCGGCCGCGGUUCGUGAAGCAGGACCAGGUGUGCAUCGCUCGACUGCGCACGGCAGGAACCAUCUGUUUGGAAACCUUCAAGGACUUCCCCCAGAUGGGACGCUUUACUCUGCGGGACGAAGGGAAAACCAUCGCCAUUGGGAAAGUGCUGAAACUGAUCACAGAGCGGGACUGA